AUGGUAGAAGUAUGGCGUGUCUUGUUCGCGAUCGUCUGUGUUUGCUUCUCCGCUAUGUUUGCCGGCCUGACACUGGGAAUGCUCACUCUCGAUCUCUUCGAUUUACGCAUAAUCGCAGAGUCGGGAACGGUUCGUGAGCGCGAACAGGCGCGAAGAGUCAUGAGCGUACGCAAGCACGGUAACUAUUUGCUCUGCACGCUGCUUACCGGAAACACAGCUGCGAAUGCGCUUUUCUCUAUUCUGACCGCGGAGCUAACCAGCGGCCUUAUCGGCUUCGUCAUUUCCACACUAGCAAUUCUCUUCUUCGCCGAAAUCAUUCCCCAGUCUAUCUGCCACCGGUUCGGGCUACGCAUCGGAGCGGCCAUGGUCUGGCUGGUGAAAAUCUUCAUGAUCGUGCUCACCCCGAUUUCCUUUCCCACAAGCCGCAUUCUUGACUAUUUUCUCGGAACAGAGCCAAUUACGCGUUACAAUAAGCGCGCCCUCAAAGCGCUUCUCAGCAUUCAAACUAGAGAUAAUGCGAUCGCAGCUGCAGCUGAGACAGUGCAGGCCGAGCGACAGCGGAAGGCGCUCAAAACACGGCGACGCCGUCGUCGAAAGAAACGAGGUAGUGUUCAGAACUCACCGGUAACUUCCACUGGGGAGCAUCCGCGAAGCUCGAACGAAACUGCUCCGGGACACGGCAAGUCGCUCAAGGAUGCGAUGAGACGCGCCUUUCGUAGCCGGUCGAGCAGCGAGCGUGCGUCUACGGAGAAUCCCACUCCAGAAAGCGAAGCGGAGUCGGGCGCGCUGAGAGUCACCGGCACAGCGGAUGCGAUGUCGAGCAAGCUGGACGCAUGGUCAACAGCGCCUGCAGACGCGCUCGUCGAUGUCGAGCGGGGUGUUUCACCUUCACCGGCUGAUGCGCGGAUUAUCGCCCGUCCUCCAGAGGCGAGCGUCAUCGGUGGUCGGGACUCGGCCUCGAUUGUUGCCGGUGCAAUUGGUGCCACGUACGCGGCAGCAGCGUCCAAGGCAAGCACUGAGCAGAUCACCAUGGAGGAGGGCCUGAUCCUGAGCGGUGCUCUGGAAUUUGCUGCCAAAACAGUCGAGCAGAUUAUGACGCCGCUGAAUAAGGUUUUCAUGCUGAGUGGCAAGGAUCGACUGGACUUUAAAACCAUGGCCAGCAUCUUCCAGUCGGGACACUCACGUAUUCCAGUCUACCUUGGAAAGCGCUCCAAUAUAACGGGUGUCAUAUUCACGAAGGAUCUCAUUUUGAUUGACCCAGACGAUAAUAUACCGGUAUCGGCGAUCUUGCUGCUCUUUCGUCGCGAGUUGCGUCGAGUCGUUGCGGAUGUGCAUCUCAACGUGCUGUUGAACGAGUUCAAGACGGGUCGCGGGCAUCUCGCGAUCGUUCAGCGGAGCAGCUCCGACGAAGCCGUCGGCAUCGUGACCCUCGAGGAUGUGAUCGAGGAGAUCAUUCAGUCAGAAAUUGUAGAUGAAACGGACGUGUAUCGGGAUAACGUGCGGGAUGAAGUCGUUGUCCGCAAACGCCGCAUCGACGCGGAUUUGCUGCGGAUGCUGGAUUCCACGCCCCGGUACGAGACGCACUUGACGGCCGGUGAGGUGUCCAUUAUUGCCUCCUUCUUGGCGAACAACUUUGCACGAGAAUUUGGGGAAUCAAAAAUGAGCUUUCAUCAAUUGGAACAUCUUUUGGCGAAUUGCACCAUCGCUGAAUACGACCGACCCGGAGCGCCUAUCAACGGCUUGGCUGAGGACGAGCCCUCACACCGAGAUGCCAUCUCCGAUACUGCUGGGGCUAGUGACGACGAUGCUUCUAUACGCAAAGCGCCUGAGGUCACCGUAUGGGACCUGGACGGCACGCGCAGUGCUGGGAGCAGCCCUGCGUGGAUGGCCAGUCGGGGUCUGGACUUUGCCGCCGCCACGGGACGAUCCUCCGGACGCAGUUUCGGUAGCAAAGAGGAGCACCAUACGCUCGCUGCUCGGCGUUCGAUACCGCUGAGUGCUGCCUCUGCAGAUGACUUGACAGAGCGAUCGGCUGAUUUCUACAUCUACAAACGAGGUGUACCGUCGCAUCACGCCACCCUGAUCCUGUCGGGGCACGUGGAAAUCAUGUGGGAUCGACGAAGGCGCAUCUCUGAGACAGGGCCUUGGACGCUUCUCGCGCGAGAAGCUCUCGAAGAUGAGCUCUACGUUGCAGAUUUUACUGCGCGUGGGGUGGAGUUUCCGCUGCGCUUGUUGCGUAUCCCUACCCGUCUCUAUCGGCGAUCGAUACGGUUGUCGGCGGAAGAAGCCGCCUCGCCUCAGGCUGGUGUGAAAAGCAGCGCUUCCUGA